GCCUUGUCUCUCUCAGUCUCGGUUUCUCUCUUUUUCAGUCUCACAAAAAUCCCCCAAAAACCAUCAAACCCCCACCUCCGUCGAGCCGCCAUCUCCGUCGAGCCGUCGAGCCGUUGAGCCCGCAUCUCCGUCGAGCUCCCACCUUCUCCGUCGAGCCCCUACCUUCUCCCAUUUCUCUGGCGAUCUCGAGCCCACUGCCAACUCCCAUUUUUCUGUCAAACCCGAGACCCACGGAGCAUAUUUCCUUCAAAGUUUAAAAAACUAAGAUGCCUAAGUUGCUUGUUCCGUUCAGUGAUCACUUUCCUGGUCGAGUGACAUAUCGGGGUAGUAGUACUUUAAAUCACAUUAAGACCAGGUUUUUGGAGCUCGGGCUGCUUGAAAGGGCUAAGGAAUCCCCUUUCAAGCAAUUCUUUUUGGCUUCGGAGUUUAAUUUCUCCGGAGUCUUGGUGCAUCAACUGUUGCUGAGGAAAAUCGCCAGCAACAACGAAGAUGAGGUGCAUUUUUUCUUGGGGUCGAAGUCUUGUAGAUUCGGCAUGGGAGAGUUUGCCCUGGUGACGGGGUUGGAUUUCAGUGCCUUUCCGUCACCAGAAGAGUUGGAAGGGCGUAAUCUCAGCGAUCGGUUGAUAAAGGAGUAUUUCAACGAUGCUGAGAAAGUAAAGCUGUCACAGGUGGACCAUGCUUUCAAGACUUGUACGGUUGUGGAAGAUGUGUACAAGCUUGGUCUAUGUCUAUUUGUUGAGGGGGUUCUGAAUGCCAUUGAGGGAAAACUGCACAUUUGGCGAGAUAUUCUAAAAAUUGUUGAGAAUGUAGAGUACUUCUUCAGCUAUCCAUGGGGGAACUACUCUUAUAGGAGGCUAUUGCAUUCUUGUAAGAAGGACAUGGUGAAGCAAAAGGCCAACUAUGAUGCCAAGAAGGAUGCCAAGGUGCAGCAAGAGUCCAAAUACAGUAUGUAUGGUUAUGCCCCCGCCUUACAGUACUGGGCAUAUGAGGCUAUCCAACAGCUUGCGGUGGAGCUUGUUGUGAGCUCGGGAAACAUGUUCCCGAGGAUGCUUAGCUGGUCGCAUCGGAGGAACAAGGAUUUCACCAAGUCCGUCAUCGCACCGAUAUUAUUGAAGAAGAAUUUAAUUGUUCUUCCGAUGUUGAAGCCUCGGCCAGCAGAAAAAGACUAUUACUUGUCUUUGACUGAGGGAGAUCUUCCCCUUUAUCCUGGGCUUGGCCAGGAUCCCUCGGAGACUGAUGAGGAGGAUGAUGCGACUUUUGAGAAAAUGGCAGAGAAAGUUUCUCAGGCUGCCGAGGCAGCCAAGAUAUUUGUUGAUGCUGCCCCGGGGGAGGAGGUUGCAGGUCCCACCCCUCCUAUUGCCCCAGCCUCAGCCCCAGCCUCAACCUGUGCCCCAACAUCAGCCCCAACCUCAGCCCCAGCAUCAACCUGUGCCCCAACAUCAGCCCCAGCCUCAGUGUCAGCCCCAACACCAACCCCAACACCAGCCUCAGCCUCAGCCCCUGAGCUGGCCGACUUGAUUGAGCGGUUGGACAGAGUCGAGGGUCGACAGGAGACCCUCUUGAAGAACCAGUCAGUGAUCUUGGACGUACUCAGUCAAAUCUUGACAUUUGUUAAGGAGAAACCGAGGGGGUCCAAUGAAGAUUCAGAUUUUUCAUCUAAAUGCUGCUCCGCAAUUUUUAACAUAACUUCAUCCCAAGCUUUAUCUCAGGGCCAAACUCUGGUCUCCUUCAACCAAGUUUUCGAGUUAGGCUUCUUUAGUCCCAAUAACUCUGCAAAUAAGUACGUGGGAAUCUGGUAUAAGCAAAUCUUACCCCUUACAGUUGUGUGGGUGGCAAACAGAGACAACCCUCUCACAGUUGCAGACUCACCACCAAGUCUAACCAUUGGCAGCAAUGGAAAUCUUGAGCUCUUGGAUAGAAACAACAACUCUGUUUGGUCAACCAAUGUCGAAAUCCAAUCCAAUAAUAGUUCAGUGGCAAUUCUUUCAGAUUACGGAAACUUAAUUCUCAAAUAUGGUACACAGUACUUAUGGGAGAGCUUUAAGCAUUCUGGGGACACAUUCUUACCAGGAGCAGAGUUGGGUUUUAAUGUCAAAACUGGGGAGAGUUUUGUCUUGACUUCAUGGAAAAGCAAUAGUGACCCUUCAGUUGGAAAAUUCACUGCUGGGAUUUCGAAAGUGAAACCACCACAAGCUGUCAUUUGGAUCAACGGAUCAACGCCACUGUGGAGAAGUGGACCAUGGGCUAAAACUAAGUUCACGGGUAUACCAGAUAUGGAUACAAGUUAUGGAAGUUAUUUCAAUAUCGUAGAAGAUACAGAAGAAGGAACGAUACUUCUCCAAAAUAAUUGGGACUACAACAACUCCGAUAUGAUAGUGGAAAAUCUCUUCAUCACAUCUAGAGGUGUUCUAACCGUUGCGUUAAAAAAAACACAUGAAGGCGGCGACUGGAAUACGAAGUGGAAGGCACCAGCGACUCGGUGCGAUAUCUAUGGAACUUGUGGACCUUUUGGGGUAUGCAACGACUCGGAGUCUCCCAUUUGUAAGUGUUUGAAAGGUUUUGAACCAAAAUCAUUUGGAGAGUGGAGCAAAGGGAACUGGACUGGAGGGUGCAUGAGACGAAACCAACUAAGUUGUGACAAAAACACCACUGGUUUAGCUUCACGGAGAGGUAAAAGCGAUGGAUUUUUGAAGAUAGGUGGUGUGAAACUUCCCGAUUUAUAUGAAUAUAUUCAACCUAUGGAGAGCUGCCAAGGAUGGUGCCUGAACAAUUGUUCUUGCAUAGCUUAUGCAGACAUAGAAGGAAUAGGGUGUUUGGUCUGGUCCAAAGGCCUCAUUGACAUCAAGGGGUUUGCCUAUGAUGCAGAAAACCUUUUCCUACGCCUCCCUCACGCGGAACUAGGUGAGAGAGAACAAAGGUUGAAGAUUAUCAUCAGCCUUGCGACUCUUUCUACGGUUGGGACAAUAGUUGCCAUAGUAUUAUAUUUGUGGCGACGGAGAGAAAGAAGAAAAGGAAAUACUAUGGCAACCACAGAGCGCAUUGACAUGAUGCAGUCAAGUGACAAUUCAAAACAACAUGAUCCCUCCGAGCUUCCUAGUUUUGAUUUUGGCACCAUUUUACAUGUGACAAACAACUUCAGUUCAACAAACAAACUUGGGCAAGGAGGAUUUGGUUCUGUUUAUAAGGGAAAAUUGCCGGAUGGGAGGGAAAUAGCAGUUAAAAGACUCUCUAGUAGCUCAGGGCAAGGCACAGAAGAAUUCAAGAAUGAGUUGAUAUUGAUCUCAAAACUCCAACACAGAAAUCUUGUUAGGCUCUUGGGUUGCUGCAUUGAGAAAGAAGAGAAAUUACUAGUUUAUGAGUUCAUGCAAAAUAAAAGCCUGGACAAUUUCAUCUUUGAUCCAAGAGGAAGAGAACAGCUGAAUUGGGGUACUCGGGUGAACAUCAUACUAGGAGUUGCUAGAGGUCUUUUAUAUCUCCAUCGUGACUCGUCUUUAAGAGUGAUACACAGAGAUUUAAAGGCCAGCAACAUUCUUUUAGAUGAGAAGAUGAACCCAAAGAUAUCAGACUUUGGAUUGGCUCGCAUUUUCGAAGGAACACUGGAUCUCGCAAAUACUCGAAGGGUUGUUGGAACUUUAGGCUACAUGUCUCCUGAAUAUGCCAUGGGUGGAGUCUUUUCAGAAAAAUCAGAUGUCUUUAGCUUUGGCGUAUUGAUCUUAGAGAUAGUUAGCGGCAAGAAGAACUCUAACUUCCAUUAUUAUGAGAAACCUCUUAGCCUUAUUGCUCAUGCAUGGCAAUUAUGGAGUGAUAACAGAGGAUUAGAGUUUGUGGAUGUUGCAUUGGGUGGCUCAUGUAGUGCAUCAGAAGCAAUAAGAUGCGUACAUGUUGGGCUGUUGUGCGUACAAGAUCAUACCACAGACAGACCAAGCAUGGCAGAUGUAGUUUUCAUGCUCAGCAAUGAAACAAAUCGUCCUCAACCCAUUCAACCUAUCUUUACUCUUCAAAGCUCUCCGAUAUCGCAAAAGGCUGCUACUACAAGCUCUGUGAAUGAAGCCACAAUCUCAAUGAUUGAAGGGCGGUAA